AUGAACUUGCACCCCCGGAUCCUGAACAAGUACGACUCGUGGCUGUCCUUCCUGAGCAGCGUGCGGUACUGGAUGGCCUUCAACGUGGAGCGCGCGUGCCAGUCGUACUUCGGGUGCGUGCAGUGCAUCAGCGGCCCCCUGGGCAUGUACCGCAACGCGCUGCUGCAGCAGUUCCUCGAGGACUGGUACCACCAGACCUUCCUGGGCAGCAAGUGCAGCUUUGGGGACGACCGGCACCUCACCAACCGCGUGCUCAGCCUGGGCUACCGCACCAAGUACACGGCUCGCUCCAAGUGCCUGACGGAGACGCCCACGCGCUACCUGCGCUGGCUCAACCAGCAGACCCGCUGGAGCAAGUCCUACUUCCGCGAGUGGCUCUACAACGCGCUCUGGUUCCACAAGCACCACCUCUGGAUGACCUACGAGUCGGUGGUCACCGGCUUCUUCCCCUUCUUCCUCAUCGCCACCGUCAUCCAGCUCUUCUACCGCGGCCGCGUCUGGAACAUCCUCCUGUUCCUGCUGACGGUGCAGCUGGUGGGCGUCAUCAAGGCCACCUACGCCUGUUUCCUGCGCGGCAGCGCCGAGAUGAUCUUCAUGUCCCUCUACGCCCUCCUCUACAUGUCCAGCCUGCUGCCCGCCAAAAUCUUCGCCAUUGCCACCAUCAACAAGUCGGGCUGGGGCACCUCAGGGCGCCGCACCAUCGUGGUGAACUUCGUGGGGCUGCUGCCGGUGUCCGUGUGGGUGGCGGUGCUGCUGGGCGGGCUGGCCUACACCGCCUACAGCCAGGACCUCUUCAGCGAGACCGAGGUGGCCUUCCUUGUCUCGGGUGCCAUCCUCUACGCCUGCUACUGGGUGGCCCUGCUCACCCUCUACCUGGCCAUUGUUGCCCGCCGCUGCGGCAAGAGGCAGGAGCAGUGUGGGCUGGUCUUCACUGAGGUCUGACCGUGGGGUGGUUCCCAGUGCCACGGCCAUCCAAUGUGUCAGGGUAGCCACCGCCGUCCCCUCUUGCCCAUCCCGGAACCACCAGGUGCUGGGGUGAUCCCACGUGCUGGAGUGAACACCCCCAGGCCCCUUUUUCCCCAUCCCGGAGCUGCUGGGCAGCGCUGAGCGCUCCCAACCCUUGGCGUUUCUCAUCAGAUCUUGAAAUCUUGCUUUUAUUCUUUAUUAAGGUGCAAACUUUUCCUAUACUUUCCUUUUUUCCAUCCCAAGCUGGCCACGGAGAAGCCGAGCCAGGGCUGCCCAUCACCCAGCCAGGUGCUGCCAGCGACAUCCCAGCUGUGCCCUAUGGAGCAUCCCGGUGUGGAGCGCUGCUGGCCGCGCUCCCACACCCCAUUCCAGAACCUUCCACCCCUCGGUGCUUUUACAGGGAUUCCAGUCCCUCCUCCGUGGUGCUAGAGCACUUCCCC